GCAUGCAUUAAUGUCAUGCGCAUGCGUGAUUCAUUGAAAAUGGCAGCGCCCAUGGAAGGGCAAUAUUUUCGUUAAAACGGGCAUAUUUUUCGCAAAUUCAGCCCACCCGUGCUUGCUUGGACAAUCUGCUUGUCAAGUAUAAGAUGGAAGGCAGGUGGUAAGGAUAGACGGCGCCGUAAAGGUGCCCUUCGCCCAGUGUAAGCCGCGCCCCCGCUAAGUGCGUAGGUGGACUCGCAUGCCUUCCAUGAAUACCUGUAUUUCGCUCUGAUAGCAUAAUCAUUAUUCAUGGCUAUUGACAUUCACGUGCUCUUGUUUACAGUGAACAUUCUAUAAUAUGGGCAAAUCGGUAUAUUGAAGGAGCGUGUUUCUUUGUUGGCUAAGUGUUCUACCGGAAACUUGACACCCGUGGCUUCUCACUCGAGCCUAGUGUGAAAACCAUUCACCAAUAAAGGAAGAGUCUCUCAUGUUUGCAAGGAAAGUGGCAAACUGAACUGAACUGACCAGGGGCUAGUGCUCUGAUAGGGCUGUUAUUGGCCAUUGGAGCUGACCAGUCAUGGAACACGCGGGAAUGGAAAGCCCUCCAGCAAGGGUGCGGAAACACGAUUCUCCUCACCAGGGGACUUUAUCCAAGUCCCAUGAGGCGUGGUUUGCUACGGAGAUUCAGCAGAUGAUGCAUGGUUUUGGGGACUGCAGAAAACCAUUAUUACAGUCAGCUGAACUCAUUGAAUCCAUAGUUCAUGAGCAGAUGGUUGCUUUACUCGUCCAAGCAUCAGAGGUCAAUGCCAUGAGAAAUGGGAGGUAUCUAGGGUUAGAGGAUUUGCUUUUCAUAAUGAGGAAAAGUAAGAGCAAGCUACGAAGAUUGAUACGCUACUUAGAGUUAAAAGAUCUCAAGGCAGCUGCAUUGAAGGGGACCUCCAUUGAUGAGGAUGAAAAUGGAGAGCAAGAAUUGAAAGCUGCUAGGAAAAGGAGAAAAGUGUGCUAUGAUUUUUUGAGCACAAUUGACCAAACAGGUGAACUCUUAGCCCUUUUUGAUGAUGAAAGUCCAGAUGAGGUCAAAGUGGAAAGAGCUUUGAGGGCAGAACUGCAGACUCGACACAUGGACCCCAACCAAUACAUGCAGUACUGUGAAGCAAGGCAGGUCAGCUUCAGUCAAAAGUACAAGUCUCAAAAGUUCAAGGACUGGUUGCUGUCUGGGGUCCCAGGAAAUCUCAAGCCUAAUCCACUGGCCUUGGAAGCUCUGGCUUACCUGGCCUAUGAAUGCAUUGCACAGAUUGUUGAUCUGGCUUUGCUGGUUAAGAGAGACAAGCAAGCAGAGGUAGACAACCCAUUCAACCAGCUGAUGCCUAGUUCAGUGUUGAAUUAUGAUCCAACACCACUCAUGUUACAACUUCACAGUGCUGCCUUAGCACUGAAGUCUCCGCCUUCCACUGGCCCUGUCUCUCCAUCAGCUACCCCUCCAUCUACCCCCUCCACCCCCUCUAACCCUCUUGGACUGAGUGGGAGCACUAUAGGGACAGUUGGGACCCCUGGCUCUGGGGGCAGCAGCACAGUCUCCAAUAUACAAACAAAGUCUAGGAGUAAGAAGAGAAACAAGAGUGGCAGUUCCCCUAGUGUUGUGGAUGUUUCAAGUCAAGCAAUUCAGCCAGCUGAUAUUAGAGAGGCAUUAAGAAGAUAUGGUCAGGCCAUAGGGGUCUUCAACACAUUUUCUAAAAACCGACACCCUUCACCGAGAGAUGUUUUGUUAUGCUGUUAGCGCAGUAUCACAUGCAUAUCCAGGCUUCAGGAUUUUUCACAGACACCAAAGUUGUAUAAUUUUGCAGUAUGUUUUUGUAUCAUAAUGUCAUUCAACAAACAAAAUAACUUGUGGUUUUGGUUGUCUGUCACUUUUGAUUUCCAGUUUUAUGAGAAAGCAGUUUUAAGGCUUUUUACUCAUACUCUUGUAAUUAUAUUUUCCAAACUAUUUCUAGGUUUGCUUAUGGAAUAACUGUUCGACACAUAUUGAUUAAGUUACAUGUUCAUAAUUGCUGUGUCACAAGUUCGAUAAAAAGAUUGGAGACAAAUAAAUGUCCUUACAAAAUUGGG